AAAAAUUUAAAAAUUUCAUUUAAUCAGCGGCAUUCAUCAACAGACGAUAGUCUGAUAUAUUGAACGAUUUGCUAAAAUUUCGUUCAAAUCUUGAUUAAAUAGCCAUAGGCUCAGGUGUUUCAUAGACACAUCAUUUUUUUUUCCGAGUCGAACAAGAAUGCAAACAUUAUAUAAAAUCCACGUAAAUUUACGCACACUAGGGUCGUCCUGCAAACGCCUUUUACAUGUCGAACGUAAAGUUCAAGUAAAGGAUGUCGAAAUUAAUAUUGUCGAAUGUGGACAGGGCGACAAAAGCAUUUUGCUAAUGCCAGGCAUAAUGGGGUCAAUUUGGACAGAUUUUGUUCCACAAAUCAAAGAGUUACCUAAGCUACUACCAGGCCACACAAUUAUAGCUUGGGAUCCACCAGGAAAUGGCAAGUCGGUACCGCCUACAAGAGAAUGGAGAACCGAUUCUCUGCAAAUUGAUGCCGAAUAUGCUGUGGAUUUAAUGAAGGCGUUAAACAAACCAACCUUCUCGAUUGUCGGAUGGAGUGCAGGAGGUACAACAGGUCUUAUUGCAGCGAACCGUUACCCUCAUAUGGUGGAGAAACUUGUGGUUUGGGGUUGUGGUGCUUACAUGGCUCCCAGUGAGUUGAAGAUGUACGACAGCAUGCGAGAUGUUAGCAAAUGGUCAGCAAAAAUGCUUCAGCCUAUGGAACAAAUAUAUGGCGUUGGAACAUUCUCCAAACUUUGGAAUGAUUUAGUCGAUACCCUACUCAAAUUACCCAAUGGCGAUGUGUGCACAAAUGAAUUGGAUGCGAUCAAAGCACCAACAUUAAUCCUACAUGGCAGAAAAGAUCACAUUAAGCCCUUUGAGCAUGUCGAAUAUUUGAGAGAACAUUUAAAGGAUACCAGGUAUUACGAGUUCCCCAAUGGCAAACAUAACAUUCAUCUCGAGUUUCAUAAUAAGUUCAAUAAGUUAAUAGCAGACUUCUUGUUGGACAAACCCCUUACGUAAUCGCAUUAAUAUUCCAUAUUAGUAGUUUAUAAGUAGCAUUUAGGAUAUAUUCAAGUUCCAAAUUUUUACUAAGACCAGUAAUAAAAAAUGAGGGCAACAUGGCCAAAGUGAUGUAUGGCAUAAGAACGUUUUGUGUCAAGUCAUAUAUUCAGCAAAAGCCAAGCCACACUGACAUUCUAUAAUAAUCUACAUAA